UAAAAGCUUCAAUGUAAUCCUUUCAUAAAUGCAUACAUAUGCACAUCCUCUCUGCAUUAACUCCUUUCUUCUUUGGCUGGCAUCUCUUCAAUUCAAUGCUCCAACCUCUUCAAUUCCUUUUUCCAUCCUCCCUCUUCUCUUUCUCUCCUUAAUAAAUCUGGAGAUCAUCACUAAAAUUACACUCUGCCUGAAAACCACUCCUUUUACUCACUCACUUGAAAGCUAGUGGUUUUCCGUUGCCAUUCGUUCCGGUCCUAGCUAUAUACCGGAUCGAAUUUUCACAAACCAAGAAUUACAAAAAUCUGAGUCUUAAAAGGGAGAUCGAGAUGUUUCAGCCAAAUAUGUUUGAGAAUCUUCAUCGUCAUCAUCUUUUAGAUAUGAGCCACAAAACACCAGAAAAUAAUCUUGAUAUGCUUAAAGAUGAUGAUCAUGAUAGUAAAUCUGGGACCGAUAUCAUGGAAGCUCCGAACUCUGGGGACGAUCCAGACCCCAAUCAACAUCCAAACAAAAAGAAACGCUACCAUCGUCAUACUCAACACCAAAUUCAAGAAAUGGAAGCUUUUUUUAAGGAGUGCCCUCAUCCAGAUGAUAAGCAAAGGAAGGAACUUGGCAGAAGACUAUCAUUAGAGCCAUUGCAAGUUAAAUUUUGGUUCCAGAACAAGCGAACUCAAAUGAAGGCUCAACACGAACGCCUUGAUAACACACAACUGAGGAAUGAGAAUGAAAAACUUCGGGCUGAGAACAUACGAUACAAAGAAGCACUUGCCAAUGCCACUUGCCCAAACUGUGGAGGGCCCGCUGCUAUUGGGGAAAUGUCUUUUGAUGAACAACAUUUGAGAAUUGAAAAUGCUCGUCUACGGGAAGAAAUUGAUAGGAUAUCUGGGAUCGCUGCUAAGUAUGUUGGCAAGCCGACACUUAACUACCCUGAUGUUUCGUGUCAUGGGGCGUCUCGCUCACUUGACUUGCCCAUGGCUAAUUUUAGUCCACAACAAGGAAUGGUUGGAGAAAUGUUUGGAGCAGACGACUUUCUCCGGUCCAUGGCUGGCCCUAGUGAAACUGAGAAGCCCAUUAUUGUCGAGCUUGCUGUUACAGCCAUGGAGGAACUAAUCAGAAUGGCCCAGGUUGGUGAACCCUUGUGGGUUCAAACCACGGAUAAUUCAUCGCAUGAGACCUUAAAUGAAGACGAGUACCUGAAUUCAUUUCCCGGAGGCAUUGGACCAAAACCAAUGGGAUUGAAAUCUGAAGCUUCAAGAGAAUCCAAGGUUGUCAUCAUGAAUCAUAUGACUCUUGUCGAAAUUCUUAUGGAUGUGAAUCAAUGGUCAAAUGUUUUUUGUGGCAUUAUUUCAAGAGCAAUGACUCUGGAAGUACUUUCAACUGGAGUUGCUGGCAGUUACAAUGGAGCUCUGCAAGUGAUGACAGCGGAGUAUCAGGUUCCUUCACCACUUGUUCCAACACGAGAAAACUACUUUGUUAGGUACUGUAAACAGCAUGCUGACGGGACGUGGGUCGUGGUUGACGUAUCCUUGGACAAUUUGCGCUCAUCAUCUGCAUCAAGAUGUAGAAGAAGGCCCUCUGGUUGUUUGAUUCAAGAACUUCCCAAUGGAUACUCAAAGGUCACUUGGAUUGAACAUGUUGAAGUUGAUAAUGGGGCUGUGCACGAUAUCUACAAGGUACUAGUAAACUCUGGUCUAGCAUUUGGUGCAAAAAGAUGGGUAGCAACUUUAGAGAGACAAUGUGAACGAUUUGCAAGCGCAAUGGCCAGCAAUAUUCCUGCAGGAGAUGUUGCAGUUAUAACGACUCCAGAAGGGAGGAAGAGUAUGCUGAAGUUAGCGGAAAGAAUGGUCUUGAGCUUCUGUAGUGGAGUGGGUGCUUCAACUGCUCACACAUGGACAACUUUAUCUGGUAGUGGGGCAGAUGAUGUUCGGGUUAUGACUCGAAAGAGCAUGGAUGAUCCAGGCAGACCUCCUGGUAUUGUGCUAAGUGCUGCAACCUCCUUUUGGUUACCGAUUCCACCAAAACAGGUUUUCAAUUUUCUCCGUGAUGAGAAUUCUAGAAGCGAGUGGGACAUUCUAUCGAACUGCGGGCUUGUUCAAGAAAUGGCACACAUAGCCAACGGUCGUGAUCAAGGCAACUGUGUUUCCCUACUUCGUGUUAAUAGUGCAAAUUCAAGCCAGAGCAACAUGCUCAUCUUACAAGAGAGUGCAAGUGAUUCUACUGGAUCUUAUGUUAUAUAUGCACCGGUAGAUAUUGCAUCCAUGAAUGUUGUGCUAAGUGGGGGUGAUCCAGAUUAUGUUGCUUUGCUACCAUCUGGUUUUGCGAUACUACCUGAUGGACCUGGAGAGUAUGAAAGAGGAGUGCUUGAGGUCGGAGCAGGCGGAUCAUUGCUCACUGUUGCUUUCCAGAUAUUAGUCGAUUCAGUUCCCACUGCAAAAAUAUCACUUGGAUCAGUGGCAACGGUUAAUAGUCUUAUUAAGUGCACAGUUGAGAGGAUCAAAUGUGCGGUGGCUUCUAACAAUCUAUGACCGGAUUUAAUUUUCAAGAUGAUCUUAUUACGUAUAUGUACUAUACCAUGAAUGAAGGGAAGAGAAAAUGAUCUAGACAGGCAAUGAUUCUCUUUUAUCUUUUGAAGCAGAUGGAAGAAGUCAAGAACGCACCUUGAACAUUUGGAAUUGGUUUUGAUUAAUGCAACAUUAGGAACCCAUUUUCAUCUCUCAUGGUCGGGUUAUAGGUUCGGGUAUUGACUUAAUUUGCCCAUCUUGAAGAUUAUAGAGUUAACUUAGACCUUGUCUAGUGAAUUUUUAACUAAACUUCCAAAUACUCCGCUUUGCUUCCGGAUUUGACUAGCUAGGAAUUUUCAUCAGUACGUAGUAUGUUUUCUGAACCAAAAAAUUAAUGUGUAGCAUGCUAGCUUGAAGCUACUGGCAACAAAUUGUAGCUUUUUUUUGUCUGACUGUUGGCUAUUCCCUUGGCUUGAUUAGAAAAUAAUCAUCGGGUUUUGACUUCA